CCUAAAAGUAAAACACUACAGCCGCUCCCUGCCCAUUUUGAAAGUCGAAGACCUCCUCCUCCCUCCUGUGCGUUGAAUCGAACACCUCCAACGCCUGAGACAACGACGGCGAAAUAACGACGGCGAGACGAGAGUGAACCACCUCAGACGAACUCCUCCUAAACGCAGUGUUCACUGUUUCAGUCGCUCCGCCUCCUGCCUCCUCUGCUCGUGGCUUCUCCGGUGUCUCUCCCUCUCCUCCAGUGGCUUGCUCUCUCUCCGCAGCUCGGCGCUCCUCCGGUCGUCUUCCCUCUCUCUCCGAGCCUCUCAAAUAAGGUGAAAAUUGAGGAUUUGGAGAACCUGCAAUGAAGGUGUUUCAGGUCAAUGGAGAAACUCUUGCUCUAGCCCUUUACUCCGAUGUUACUAACGCCAAGGAACUCCAGGAUUCUAUGCAAGCUGGAACAUUGGAACCAGAAGUUGCAUUUCUCAAUGCUUCUCUUAUCCCAGAUGUUUUCCCUCUAUUAGCAGCUGCACAUAAGACCAUAGUUGCCAAAUCGCGGGAGUCACUGACAACGCGCACUCUUCAUUCAGAGCUUGUUUACAAUUACUCAGGAUCUAAGCAUAUUACAGAAUCCUUGAAAAGAUGUGGCAUCUCUGAAAGCUCAUCUUAUGUGCUUGCUGCUCGUUUCAAUGCUUCUCCCGAUGAGAUGAAAGGCGUAGAGAAACUUAUCAAUGGGAAGCAGAUUGACUUGGAGGAAUUGGGAGUCAGAGCAGACCAAGCCCAAAUUCUAAAGCAAUACAAGAUAUCUAGCGUGGAACUUGGGGUGUCCUCACUUGCAGAUGCUAUAACCUCACGAAUUGCUGCCCGAGACGCACUGUAAGAAGAUGUUGAGUUCACUUUUCGGUUAUUCUAGUUCUAAAUUUUCUUUAGGCGCCCCACUUUUAUUUCUGUCUUAAUUGAAGGACAGAAAAUGGUAUUUGGAUUGCUUGAAGUUGUACUGGGAAAUGCUCAUUUCGUUUACUUUGAAUUAAUACAUAUUUAGUUUUCAGCUAGGUGUUUCUGAUAUGAUAAACAUCAUAUAAAGUUAGUCCCUCUCUUGUACCCUUCUUCCUAUCGUGGGAGGAGAGGUAGGCAUGUCAAAAAGAUCCAUUAAAUUGGAGCGGGUUGGAGCUCCGAUCUGACGGAUCACCUCUGAUCCGAAACAUUCGGAUACUUAUUGAAUUUUGGAUCAGAGGGAGUGUUGAUAGGUUUUGAUAAUGCUUAGAUAAUAUUAAGCAUCUUUUCAAAUUUAAUUAAUUUUCCCGACAUAAAAA